AUGCAACUAACUCGUUCGCUUCGUAAUGUUGGCGCUCGUUAUGUUGAGAAAGUCCGAUUACUCGACUACUGGAAGGUUAAUGAUGAGGUGCUUGCUCGAGAGUUUCCACGGUCGCGAUUUGUCCUUAUGGUUGAUAAACGGCCCUUGAUAUACAGAAAUAGACCUUCUCCAGAGCUAGCGGUUUUUGACUAUCCGGACUUACGAAAACGAUUAGGAGACUAUGGUGUCACUUUCGAUUUAAGACAUUCAUGUCUUUUGGAUGCUGUCCCAACCAAUGACGAUAUGUUUACUCCCUUAUUUGGUGUAGCAGUAACUACAGAGGACCCACCUGAAGAUUCUCCUAUUCAGAAAAACGAUGUAAUUAGAGAACUGGGGAAUUGCCUCGAGGGAAAGUUUAUUGAAAUGAGAAUAGCAAUGCUCACAAUGAAUUGUGAACGUCAAAGAUGUCUUCUAGCUACGUUCCAAUCACUCUCUCGAUGGUCCAGGAUUUAUCUACGUUGUCCCAAAUGUGCCGCUGCUCUCAAGAUGAGAGUAAGUAAAAGUGGGGCAGCUUGUAAUAGCUGUAAACGAGUAUACUAUCCUACGUUUUCUCCUGUUGCUAUCACCCUUAUUCGAGACCCAACUGAUCAGCAUUGUCUGUUAGUGAGACACAAAGGAUCGGCCAAUGGAAUAUUCACUUGUGUCGCUGGAUUUGCCUCGACUGGCGAAACAAUGAAUGAUUGUGCUAGGCGUGAAAUUGCGGAAGAAGUUGGAAUUGAUGUAAUCAGCAUAACUUCUCUUGGAAUGUCCCAGCCAUGGCCCAUGCCAGACAGUUCCUUGAUGCUUGCAUUCGAAGCUGUCGCAAAUAUGAGUGAUCCAAUUGAUACAAGCCCCGAUGAACUCGAGACUGCCCAAUGGUUUACUCGUGAACAAGUCAGAGAAGCGCUGACUCGGACUAUUGAGGAUCCAACACUUAAGGGAUUACCUAAAAGCAUCGAGGAGAGACAAGUUUUUCGUUAUAUCCCACCUCUAGGUGCCAUAGCUCAUCAAAUAAUUCGCAACUGGGUAGAAAGAGUAUAA